CGGUCGUCGGCCCUCAGUAGCGCGACGAGCGUCGAGUCGCGUGUGUCGUUGUCGUUGUGUUCUUUCUCUUUCUCACGAGUACCUUUUUCUCUCGUCGAGUACGAAACAUACUUACCAAGUCGGCUUUCUUUCUGUCUGUCUCUUUUUCUCUCCUUUUCUAUUCUCUCUUCCUCUCACUAUUUCACGCGCGUACAUCCUCUCUUAAAAUCUCAAGUACAUACAUCUUCUCGAAAGAGCAUACCACGAAAGAGUAAGAGAGAGAGAGAGGGAGAGAGAGAGAGAGAGAGAGAGAGAGAGAGAGAGAGAAGAGCGGUGAGUAGCGAAGAACAAAGUGAUAUCUCUAAAGAGCGAAAGAACUCUUUGACGUUACAAACGUCGUCCUUUUACCAACCUACAAGUUUAAAGGACGCACGACCAUCUUUGCUUGCUUAUGAAUUUAUCUCGGAUUGAAGACAGUUUGGAGGCAUAUCGAUUUUGUGAAAGGGAGAAUCUUAGAGGAAAACAAACAAACGAAUCAUUUUAACUUUUGCUUAGGCUAAAAACAAUGCAGAGCAACGGUUCAGAGAAUAUGGGACCCGAAAAUGGCGUUGAAAAAUCUGGAUGGACGGUUGGAUUGAUUAAUGGAAAAUACAAGUACCUUACGGCUGAAACUUUCGGUUUCAAAAUCAAUGCCAAUGGAUCAAGUUUAAAAAAGAAACAAUUGUGGACUCUCGAAGGAAGCGAUCAACAAGUAUUUCUUCGUUCUCAUCUGGAUCGGUAUUUAGCCGUGGAUCAGUUUGGAAAUGUGACUUGCGAAACAGAAGAUGUUAAUGAUCCUGGCUGUGCUUUUCAAAUACAGAUGGCCUCUGAUGGAAGCGGACGUUGGGCUCUAAAAAAUAUCCAGAGAGGUUAUUUUCUAGGGUCUAGUCAAGAUGAGUUGAAAUGUACAGCUAAAGCUCCUGGUGAGCCAGAAUAUUGGCUUGUACAUCUUGCUGCCAGACCACAGGUAAAUCUUAGAUCGGCUGGAAGAAAACGUUUUGCUCAUUUAAGUGCAGCGCAAGAUGAAAUUCAUGUCGAUGCACCAGUACCAUGGGGCGAAGAUACUUUAUUUACUUUAGAAUUUCGUCCUGCAGCUAUGGCAGAUCAUGAUGAUGAUCAUGGAGAUCAUGUCAAAUCAGAAGGUGGACAUUAUGCCCUUCAUACUUGCAAUAAUAAAUAUCUUGCACGAGAUGGUAAAUUGUUAGAUAGUUGCACUAGAGAUUGUCUCUUUGCGGCAGAAUUUCAUGCAGGACUACUUGCUCUCAGAGAUAUCAAUGGUGCAUACUUGGCACCAAUUGGUAGCAAGGCUGUAUUAAAGUCUAGAUCUACAACUGUAACGCGCGAUGAACUCUUUUCUUUGGAAGAGUCUCUUCCACAGGCUUCCUUUGUUGCUGCUCUGAAUCAGCGAUAUGUUUCUGUAAAGCAAGGAGUCGAUGUAACUGCAAAUCAAGAUGAAAUUUCUGGUCAUGAAACAUUCCAACUAGAAUUUGAUCGUGUCACAAAACGAUGGUACGUACGUACCAUGCAGGAUCGUUAUUGGAGUUUAGAAGCCGGUGGUGGCAUUCAAGCUGCUGAUCACAAAAAGUCUUCAAAUGCUCUUUUUGAUCUUGUUUGGCAAGAGGAUGGCACAGUAGCAUUGCGUGCUAACAAUGGCAAAUUCGUAGCUACCAAACGUUCUGGCCAUCUUUAUGCAAAUGCUGAACUUACAAAUGGAAGUGAUUCAGAUGCUUGUAAAUAUUAUUUCUAUUUGAUAAAUAGACCAGUUUUAGUACUUCGUUGUGAGCAAGGCUUUGUGGGUCCUAAAAGUACAACUAGCCCCAAGCUUGAGUGCAAUAAAGCCAGUUAUGAGACAAUUCGGGUCGAACGAUGUGAACGUGAUAUUGUUAGAUUUAAAGGACAAAAUGGAAAAUAUUGGCAUGCAGAUAGUGAGGGAGUAACUGUGGAUUCUGAUGUACCAUCCGAUGGUUUUUACUUGGAAAUGCGCGAACCAUCUCGUCUUUGCAUUAAAUCUACUGAUGGUCGAUAUCUUACCGCAGGUAAAAACGGUGUUUUACGUUUAGGAGAAACAGAUUAUGAUUCUGCCACAAAAUGGGAAUUUUAAUGUGGCUGGUUUUGGAGAAACAUAAUCCAUCAGGUGUGAUUAUAUCUCAUCGUAUUUUUUACAUGGGAACGUAAGAACAAAAACUUUGUUCCUACUAUGUACUUAACCAAGAACAGUUUUGUAAACCUCACCGUAAAACGAAUUUACGACAUAUCGAUGGUAAACUAUCUUCAUGGGGCUACAAAAAAAGAUAUCGUAAAUUUGCAUAAAUCAAAGACUGACAGCUAUACUAACUGUGAAUUAUUAUGAGCCAAUCAUUAUUAUGAGCUUUUUUAUACGCAAUGCUUCAUUUUAUAUAAACUAUACAACCAAUUUAUCGCGUAAUAAGCUUUACUAAAGUAAAUAAUUUCAAUUGCGUCAACGCACAUUGACAAUACAUAUUUGAUAUUUGAUAAAGUCGUGUAUUAAAAGUGAGGAUGUUCUUUGUGGGUCAUUUAUAAGAUAUCUUUAAUACAGCUUUCCAUUUUUAAUAGCAUAUAUGCAUAUAGAUUAUCCAUAAUUUAAAUUAAGGGAAGUAUAACAGUAUGAACGUUCAUAAAUUGGUCAUAGGCCAGUCUUUGUUCCAUUACUGUUCUCUACCAAAAGCAUAUAUAUAAGAAUACUAAAUUAUAUCCCUUUCUUAGUAAGCUAACAUAACAAUUUCAAACUGAAGAUAUUAAAUAUUUGUUUGUGACGCUAAAAUGUGAUGCAUUUUAUAUAACACAUUUUACAUUUAUAAUACUUAUUAUUUUUAAGAAAUUGUCAGUUCUCACAAAAAAUAGACCAAUAAUUUCUUUUUAUUCGUAUAUCUUUAAACCCAAACUAAGAAUUAAUCUAUUUAGUAUUGUAUAAGUUCCAAAUUAUUAUUGAAAUUGACCAUAAGUAAUUCAAUAUUUAUAUAAAAAUUUAUGGCGUUUCAUCUUAUAAUAUGAGAAUUAUUCCUCCAAGUGCUAAAGAUUAUAAAUUUAUAAUUUUAUCUAACAAUUUAUUACUUGCACACAAAUUUGUGUAGCUUUCAUAAAAAAGAUACUACUUUUCGAAUCCCUUAUUAAAGUUAACAAAUAUAAUAUCUAUAUCUUAUAGCAAUACCAUGAAAUCAAAUUUGAUGAAUACACUUGAGGAAAAAAUGAUGAUAUACUAAAAUGUAAUAUGUAGGACUUACUUAUUGUCAUUGGUCAUCAAUUUAAACCUAUUAAGAACGAAUAUUGUAUAAGCAUGUAUUUUUAAUUGUCUAUGCAUUGCGCAAUAUAAAAAUUGUGUCUAUUUUUGCUAUUCAUUGUGUAAAAUUUUUACAAAUGUGCAGAUUUGUUUCUUUUUAAUUUUAAUUUUUUUUUCUUUUUUUAAAUACUGUAAACAACUAUCGAUACUUUAAACUAAAAUCCCAUAAACAAUUAAUAAUUUUAUUAAGGAUUAUUAACAAGAAUGUAAUAAACAAUUUUAUAUUGACUGAAAA